AUGCCUGAACGCAAAAGCCUUAAAAAUACUAUAUUACUAUACUUGGUUAAAGUUGCAAAAUCAGCAAUUAGUAACAUACUAGUGAUUGCAAGGGAUUAUGUUUUUGGUAUUUUGCAAGUCUACCACAAUGGUCAAUGGGGAAUGGUGUCUAGAAAUAGCUUUGAGUGGAAUGAUGUCCAUAGUGCCUGUCGACGACUUGGUUUUAUAAAAGCUACAAAUUACGGGCACGAUGGACGAGGGGAUGGAUCCGUGUUGAGGCCAACCUCAAAAAGUCGAAAUUCCGUGUAUCCAGUGUCCAUGUUCAUUUGUAUACCUCAAUGUCAUUGUAAUAUUCACCAUAAUGCUGUCUACUACAAAGGGCAAUGGGGAACAGUUUGUAAUGAUAUCUGGGGUUGGAAUCACGCCAAUGUUACAUGUCGACAACUUGGUUUUACCAAAGCUGCAAGUUACUGGGGCUGGGGACGAGGAGAGGGAACAGUCUGGCUAGACUACAUGGCAUGUACAGGCUCAGAAGCUUCACUUCAGGACUGCCCUCACAAUGGAUGGGGAGUUGUGAGCUCAAAUUGUAACGGUCACACUGAAGAUGCUUCUGUACAUUGUGAUUCCACCGAUACAAGGGGUUAUGUUUUCGGUGCUAUACAAGUCUACUACAAAGGUCAAUGGGGAACAGUGUGUAGUGAUUACUGGGGUUCGAAUGACGCCAAUGUAGCUUGCCGACAACUUGGUUUUACCAAAGCUGUAGGUUCCUGGGUCUAUGGACGAGGAGAGGGACCAAUCUGGCUGGACAACAUGGCAUGUACAGGCUCAGAGGCUUCACUAGGGGACUGUUCUCACCCUGGAUGGGGAGUUGUCAGCUCUGGCUGCAAAACCCACACUAUUGAUGCUAUUGUUCAAUUUUCAGGAUAUUGUUACUAUAGCAAUGGUCAAUGGGGUACAGUGUGUUACAAUAGCUGGGGUAUGGAUGACACCAAGGUUGCCUGCCGACAACUUGGUUUUACCAAAGCUUUAAAUUACUGGGGAGGACAUGGGGAAGGACCAGUCUGGCUAGACGACAUGCGUUGUACAGGAUCAGAGGCCUCACUUGAGGACUGCUCUCACCCUGGAUGGGGAGUUGUAAGUUCAAACUGCAACGGUCACACUUCAGAUGCUGGAGUUUGGUGUUCUUCUUUACAAGUACUCUUUCGUAUUUUUUCUUUCUAUAUGAGAAAGCAACAUAAAUGCAGCUACGAACCACAUAUACGAGCACUUCGGUCGGAUACAAGAGGAUUUGUUGAAGGUGUUAUACAAGUCUAUCACAAUGGUCAAUGGGGAACAGUUUGUGGUGAUUACUGGGAUUCAAAUGACGCCAAUGUAGCGUGUCGACAACUUGGAUUUUCCAAAGCUUUAGGUGCCUGGUGUUGUGGAGAAGGAGGGGGCGAAUAUCCUAUAAAUUCCCGGGGCUAUGGCCGAGGCGAAGGACAAGUCUGGUUAGACAGCUUAAAAUGUACAGGCUCAGAAGCCACACUUUGGGAUUGCCCUCACCCUGCAUGGGGAGUUGUUGACCCUGGCUGCAGAAGUCACACUGUUGAUGCUAUGGUUGAAUGUUCAGUGAGUCAGGAUUUCUGGAGUUGGGAGGAAACCAAGGUUGCAUGUAGCCAGCUUGGUUUUACCAAAGCUGCAUAUUACUGGGGCAGUGGACAUGGGGAAGGACCAGUCUGGCUGGACGACAUGACAUGUACAGGCUCAGAAGCCUCUCUUCAGGACUGCUCUCACCCUGGAUGGGGAAAUGUUAGUUCUCACUGCAACAGUCACACAUAUGAUGCUGGUGUUAUUUGUUCUGGAUCUUUAUUGUGUAAUAAAGACAAUGAAAUAUAUACACGUCGGGCGAUUAGAUGGAGCAAAAUAGUCAAUGAGAAAACUACGAAGUCAGAUACUAGAGGCCAUGUUAUUGGUGUCAUACAAGUCUACUACAAAGGUCAAUGGGGAACAGUGUGCCAUGAUUACUGGGAUAUAAAUGAUGCUAAGGUUGCCUGUCGACAACUUGGUUUUGCCACUGCUGUAAGUUACGGGUACGAUGGACAUGGAGAGGGACCAGUGUGGCUGGACGACAUGACAUGUACGGGCUCAGAAGCCUCUCUUCAGGAUUGUUCUCAUCCUGGAUGGGGAGUUAAAAUCGCUGUUCUUCGUUCGGAUCACAGUUAA